AACCAAAAUCAAAAAAACCAAAAAUGCAAACUCCAACUCCGAAAUUCGAAUUCGAGUUCAACGAUGAAUCUGGUUCGGAAGCAGAGAGGAGAAUUAAGAGGCUAACCCUGCACCUAAACCCCGUUCGGGGUUACGCAGCAGGGAACCAGUUAGAGAUGGAAACGUGCUCUCGAGGGAAGUUGAGCGUGGAAACGGGUCCUCUAUCGAGUUACAUGAGAGGGAAACACAGAGAGAUACAAGAGAAGGUAUUCGAUUACUUCAACGCCAAUCCACACCUCCAAACCCCCGUCGAGAUCUCCAAGGACGAUCAUCGCGAACUCUGUAUGAAUCAGCUUCUGGGACUCGUGAGAGAAGCUGGGAUUAGACCCCUCCGUUACAUCCUCCACGACCCCUCCAAGUACUUCGCAAUCUUGGAAGCCGUUGGCAGUGUCGACAUGUCACUUGGGAUCAAAAUGGGUGUUCAAUACAGUCUCUGGGGUGGUUCUGUUCUCAAUUUGGGAACUCAGAAGCAUAAGGAUAAGUACUAUGAUGGUAUUGAUAACUUGGAUUACCCGGGUUGUUUUGCUAUGACCGAGCUUCACCAUGGUUCAAAUGUGCAGGGCCUCCAAACUGUUGCCUCUUUUGAUCCUAUCACCGAUGAGUUUAUCAUUGAUACGCCAAAUGAUGGUGCCAUCAAGUGGUGGAUCGGUAACGCUGCAGUGCACGGCAAGUUUGCCACUGUUUUUGCUCGGUUGAAGUUGCCCACUUAUGACAACACUAAAGGAUAUUCUGAUAUGGGUGUCCAUGCUUUCAUAGUUCCAAUAAGGGAUAUGAAGACUCAUCAACCGCUUCCUGGAAUUGAGAUACACGAUUGUGGUCAUAAAGUUGGCCUCAAUGGCGUGGAUAAUGGAGCUUUGAGAUUCCGCUCUGUUAGAAUUCCUCGAGACAAUCUUCUGAACCGUUUUGGAGAUGUCUCCCGUGAUGGGAAGUACACUAGUAGCCUUCCUUCUGUGAAUAAGCGGUUUGCUGCUACUUUAGGUGAACUUGUUGGUGGUAGGGUAGGCCUUGCAUACUCUUCAGUUAGUGUCCUGAAGGUUGCUGCCACAAUUGCCAUCCGAUAUUCUCUACUUCGUCAGCAAUUUGGACCCCCAAACCAACCCGAAGUCAGUAUUCUAGACUAUCAGUCUCAACAGCAUAAGCUUAUGCCAAUGUUGGCUUCAACUUAUGCAUUUCAUUUCGCCACUACAAAUUUGGUGGAUAAAUAUUCUCAAAUGAAAAAGUCUCAUGAUGAAGAAUUAGUGGCAGAUGUCCAUGCUCUUUCAGCAGGUCUAAAGGCUUAUGUAACUACAUAUACCGCAAAGUCACUGAGCAUCUGUAGGGAAGCCUGUGGAGGCCAUGGUUAUGCUGCUGUAAAUCGGUUUGGUGUCUUGAGGAAUGAUCAUGACAUUUUUCAGACAUUUGAGGGAGACAACACGGUUCUUCUCCAACAGGUUGCAGCUGAUCUUUUGAAACAAUACAAGGGAAAGUUCAAAGGAGGGACUCUUGCAGUGACAUGGAACUACUUGAGAGAAUCCAUGAAUACUUAUCUGUCACAGCCAAAUCCGGUUACUGCUCGGUGGGAAGGCGAAGACCAUUUACGAGAUCCUAAAUUUCAAUUGGACGCUUUCAGAUACCGAACAUCUAGAUUACUUCAAAGUGUGGCUGUACGACUUCGAAAGCAUUCUAACUCCCUUGGGGACUUUGGUGCAUGGAAUAGAUGCUUAAAUCACCUUUUGACACUUGCAGAGUCACAUAUUGAGUCAGUCAUCCUUGCUAAAUUCAUUGAAGCCGUGAAGAGCUGUCCUGAUCCAAGCUCUCAAGCUGCUUUGAAGCUCGUCUGUGAUCUUUAUGCUUUGGAUCGAAUAUGGAAUGACAUUGGAACCUACCGUAAUGUUGACUAUGUGGCUCCCAAUAAAGCCAAGGCAAUCCACAAACUCACAGACUAUCUAAGUUUCCAAGUGAGGAAUAUUGCAAGGGAACUUGUUGAUGCAUUUGAUCUUCCGGAUCAUGUUACCCGGGCCCCUAUUGCCAUGCAGUCGGAAGCUUACUCGCAGUACACACAAUAUGUGGGAUUCUAAAAAAGGAAGGACCCCAAAGACGAUUGAUAUGUAUUUGGAUUUGGAGGAAACAACCUCAAAAAUGUUUUUUUAACUAAUUGUUAUAAUUGGAGCAUAUCAGUGGUUGCAGCUGACCAAAGAAACACCGCACAGAACCCACAAUCCACUGACCAAAGCAGCUGCUUGAACCAUAAAUGAAACUUGAUAUUUCAGUCAAAGAUUAUUGGUGGAAAAAUAAAAAUACUAAUAAUUUCAAGAUAUAUAUUAAGUUUUCCUUCUCUCAUUUUUUUUUUCAGAAGCCUUGCCUUGAAGAGGCAUUCUUUUACACUGAUUGAAAA